AUGGAGGGGGCGGCAUCAGCCUACCUCGAACAGGCCAAAUACGAGAAGGCCGAGGCCCUUUACAAGGAGGUUCUCACUCGAGCCCACGAAGCCGAGUUUGGCAAAAUAUCUGAGUCCAACAAGCCUAUCUGGAUGCUGGCUGAGGACCGCCAAAAUGGUAUUCGUGAUGUCUCCGCCAGUCAGUCUUCUCCCCAGCGUCCCGCCCUAUUAGAGAAGUGA